AUGGGACCGUGGUCCGCAGCUCGCAAGAAGAGUCUCCCGUUUUUAAACUUGAACCGCUCGAAGUCUCGCCCUUUCGACCUCUUCGACCUUUUCAAAACAGUCAUCAUUCAUCCACCGCUACUUGUCCACCCCCAACUGUCUUUACCUAGCGUGGUCGACCACCGGCUUCCGCGCCCAACUGCUGGUGUCCUUGGUCCCCAAGUCACCUUGUCCGUUACGGCUCCCGAAAAUGUCGAGCAGAACCCCAAGAAGCCGAGUGUUACCGCUAUGAGUGAUGUUGACACUUUUCCCUUGCCGGCUGUCCUGGAUCCCGGAAAACAGAACGCGUUUGCUGUCAAGGCGAAUAGUCAACCCGCCUUAGGGCCGCCUUCCCCUAGGAAAACAACGCUUCCACCUGCCCCUCGGAGUGAAAAUGUUUCUGCGAAGGAGGUAGACUCUGCUGCUGAUGAGGGGGAAGGGCCCCCAAGCCCCAAAGCUGAUUCGGAGGCAGAAACCAUAAUUCAGUCCGGUCGCGAGUCUUUGUCCCCGGAAAAAAGACGAAAGUUUAUCAGACAUGAACCGAAACGACGUGAUGAUGAAGCGAGUGGCCGUAUUGGCGACAAUGAACUGCCCCCAAGCGACGUUCAGGUGAGGAAGAACAAACCUGUGGAUGAUGACAGCCAUGAUAGAAGCGACCGUGAGCCGCGUCAGUCAAGUCCUCAAUGGAGAGAUGGAUCACCGCCCAUUGUGAAGUUGGAAAAAUUUGACGACUCUCGGUCUAUCUCAAGCAGGUCUGAGACCACAAAAACAUCAAGGAAGCGGAGCUUUAGUGAGAGUGUCAAUGGCGAAUCAGAUGUUCCUCGCCCAGUACGUCAUAGGGACUCACCUGUUCGAAGCCGGGAGGAUCAUAUUUUGAGCAAUGGAGUCAACUUUCCUCGACCCUCCACCGAUCGUUCGGUUUCGCCGGUUCGUCAGGCUCACAAGCGAACAGCUUCUGGCCCACAGUUCACCAACGGAAAGAAGAAGAAGGCGCCCGCUGCCCUCGUUACUGGGUUCCAAAGGCAAAGCUCGGAGGAUCGACAAUCGAUUUCAUCCGCAAAUGGAUCUCCAAUGCCCAAUGCAUAUGCGCGAAAGAUUCUAUCGGGUGACGGAGCUUCAGCGUCUCCGGCUAGGCCCACCAACUAUAAGAAGAUUCGCGAUCAAAACGGCAGAACCCGGUUGGCGCGUGCUUGUGCGGCCCAGGAAUUGGAUCAAGUCAAGCAGAGACACGAGGAACGCCCAGAGGACCUGAAUGUGCCCGAUAACGCAGGAAACACACCUUUACAGAUAGCGGCCCUGGAAGGGUGUGCGCCUAUUGUUGAAUACCUGAUUGAAGCAGGGUGUGAAGUUGAGACCUCCAACAUUGACAAAGACACUCCGUUAAUUGAUGCGGCGGAAAACGGUCACGAAGACGUAGUGAAGAUUCUCCUGAAAGCUGGCGCGAACCCACGAGCUGUGAAUUCACAAGGUAACGAGCCGAGCGAUCUUGUUCCCGAUGACUGCGAUGAUAUUCGACGCUUGUUGGAAGAAGCAAAGGCCAAUCGGCGACCAACCAACCGCAGGUCAGAAGAGACAACUGCGCCUCCAAAUCGGGAAUCAUCCUCGCGGCGGAUCUCAGGUGCUAGCCCGCGCGAGUCGCCCCCAGCUAGUGGUCAACGCAGCCCUCCAUAUUCCGGCACUAUGGCGACAAAGCGAAAGAGCGUGCGGAGUGAAGCCACCAGGAACGACUUGCUGUGGACCAAGGCUACUCCGGAAAAUCUACAAGCGUUUGCUGCGAAGGGUGAUAUCAUGGGCGUUGCGAAUAUCCUUAACGUUGGACAAAAAGCCGAUACGGAGUCGAUGAUCGCUGCCGCCAAGGGUGGUCAUGACGAGGUGUUGUCCCUUCUUCUUGGUAUGGGCGAUGCGGAUCCUGAUCCCGCGCCAUUAUCUUCACUGAAAACCGGACAUAACACUCCGAUGCUUGCUGCCAUUGGCCGUGGUAACCUCGCUGUUAUUAAACUUUUCCUCGACCAGAAGCGGUUUAAUCCGACUCGUCGUCUUUACGAUGGCCUGACAUAUUUCGAACUAUCUAGGAAACGCAGGGCAGACAACUGGGAAGAAGAAUACGACACUCUCAAAGAGGCAUAUGACAAAUAUUCGAAGAACAAAAAGCAGCGCAAACCUGAUCACCUCUCACCCCGUCGAGCGCGAGAGAAGGAGACGGAUAGCAAACGCAACGUUCGCAGAGAGUCCCCUUCUCCCGCCAGGUCGAGAAAGAAUGGCAGUCCUGGCCCGCGUGACAAAGAUUCAGCUAUGCCAAGGGAGAAGAAAGGAGUUGCUCAACCUAGAGAGAAGUCUAGCUCCGGCAUACCUCGUCCGAAACACUCGCAGCACGACUCUGCCGAGCCAUCCAGGGGUGAGGAUGUCGUCAAAAGGAGGCGCCUGAUUGCGGGCCGACCACCACAGGAUCGGGAGCGCAAGGUGCCCAGCUUGCCCUCGUCAGACUCUGUCUCCAGCCGUGAAGACGGUGUCAAACCACGUCCGGACCGUUCCUCCGAACCGGCCUCUAGAAACCCGCAAUUGAAACGCGGACGUAGCAGUGCUAGUCCAGAGCGACCUCGCUCUCGAGGAACCGAAGCCGAGCGUCAUAAUCGUGAUGUGUUGAAGAAAAAGAGAAGGGUUCUAUCAGAGGAAGGGGCGCCCAAUGUUACCAAUGGAGGCUUAAAGAGGCAACAUACCUCUGCAGCUGAUGAUGUCAAGUCACCUCCGCGGCAAAAGCUCGGCAUUAGUUCUAGUGAAUCGAAAAGGGAUCGCUCUCAGGACUCACGUGUGGCUCCCUCCAAAGACCGAAACUUGGUCAAAGAAGAGCGGGAUAAGCACUUGCCGCACGAAUUGGCUGACAUUCCAAUGGAAGAUGCCAAGGCGGAAACGGACAAAGAAGUUCCCAUCUCGAAACCCGAACUCGUUCUACCAGCUGAGCCUGAUGGUGAAGUUGAGCCACAAAACUCCCCUAGUGAAACUGCUAGGCAAACGAUGCCAGACAAGGCAGAACAAAAACGGCUGGCGGAGGAAGAACGGUUCGUCGAAGCGGAAAGAGCUCGUGCUCAGAAAGAUGAGGAGGAACGAGCAGCCCGGGCGGCCCGUGUAGCCCAGGAGAAGGAGGAAGAAAGCAAGCGAAAGGACGCCGAGCAGCGACGGAUCAAGCAAGCAGAAGAUGAGCAUCAAAAGCGCCUUGAACAAGAAAGGCAGCGGCUUGCCAAACUGCGAAGGGAGCAAGAAGCGCAUGAGCAACGACGACGCGAUGCACUUCCUAGCCGCCUUUGUAUAGCGGCCAACCUGGUCGGAUCCAACGAUCCCCAAUCACGCGCUCACUCAUGGCUGAAGAAGUUCAUGCCAGUGGUUACAGCCGAAACCAAACAGCUUGAUCCUGACUGCAGUGCAGACGUCGCCAGUGAGAGAUGGGUUCCGAAUUACCUCGUUGCUCCGCUGCUAGCAACAAAUGACCUUCAACUGUCCCAGUACUCUGGUUGGGAGAAGCGCAAUGUAACCCCGACCCAGCGGAUGAACCUGUGGCGGGUUACACGGCGAAUGCUUGUGCAGGCGGACGAUACCGAGUUCCUGACGGCGUCCUUUGGACAGAUCAUGCAGAAGGAUAGCGAGACCCGGAGUAAGUACUUCGAUAUGGAUCAUGUUUUCUGGGUUAAGCUUUCCGACUUUAUGGACCUUGUCCCGCACAUUCCUCACCUUCAUGGACUGGACAUUCAGUUUUUGAAGAUGCAUAUCGACCGAGAGCCUGGUUUCGACCCUUCCUCUCAGCCACCUCUACCAAAUGGGCAUAUUGAAGGACCGCAGGAGAGUUCUGGACUUCCCCACGAGCAACCUCUGACUAAUGGCUAUGUGCACAGCCGGCCAAGUACAUACGUCUGA